AUGAUUGUUGAUAAUUAGGUGAUAAAGUGUGCAAAGUAGUUGUUUGUGGAAAGGGAAAGUGCGUGGCUUCUAAUAGUAGCAGUCUUGGAUACGAGUGUGAAUGCGACGAAGGCUGGACACAAUCACGCCCACAUGAUAGUAACUCCUUCAAAUUCCUGCCUUGCGUUGUUCCCUACUUCAAUGUCAGCGGUGAUAAAGCUCCUGCUCCUGCUCCAGAACCCAGCCACAACAAAUCAAGCAGCUUUAUUGAUCCCUGCUCGUGGACUAACUGUGGAGGGGGCACGUGCAAGAAGACGUCCAUGCUCACUCACACGUGUGAGUGUAACGAGGGCUAUGACAACUUGUUCAAUUCCACUGCUUUCCCAUGCUACAAAAAACGUGCAAUUGGAGGGGACAGCCCGGAUCCGGGAAACAGCACGACGAACUCAUCGGAUUCGAGCCCUGGGCAAAGCUCCAGUGAAGUUGCUGACAGCGCUUCAAGCUUUAUCACCUGCAGUUGGUUGAUUGCCGUGGUUGCAAUGUCAGCUCCAUUUCCGUGGAACUAAGUUGAAAGAGGCAUCCAUCUUGCGAUUCAUUAUCAUAGUUGUUACUACAAUAUUUAAAGCUGGUGUGGUUUUGGUUUGGUUACGUUAUUGUAGGAUUAUAGUUGUGUAGAAGAAGGCAUUCUCGUUAUAUCCUUUUCACAUGGAAGUAUGGAACUCACUCUUAGACUCAUCUACCACCUUUGGAGACCUAAAUAAACUAAAUCGAAUUCCAAUUCGAAAA